AUGAGUGUACAACACACGCGACCGCCAAGUCGACGACCUCUAGGAGAAGCAACUCGACGAGUCAAUAACAAUCAACUGAGUACCACCAGACUGCAAUUGAAAUCCACACCAACAAAUCAUGAUAGUCUACGACAAGAUGGUUUGCUGCAAGUUUACAACCAGGCUUCUGCUUCUCCAGGCGAACAAUAUUCAUACCUUGACAAUACCCGAAUAUCCUCUCCUGUCUCUACUGUUGUUAACCCUAGGCUAUCUGCUAUAUCGAAAGAAGUUGCGACGGAUUCAAAAAGAAGCUCACAGAUUUCGACCGCAUCUUCCGCUACUUCUGAUGGUAAGAAUCUCAAGAAAUUUAUUGGUCCUUGGAAGCUGGGCAAAACUUUGGGCGAGGGGGCAACGGCACGAGUACGCCUUGCAAAGAACAGGAAUACACAUCAAAUGGCGGCUAUCAAAAUCGUCCAAAAGAGAAAUGCCCAAAUGUCCCAGGCGGGAAGUCUUGCAAACCUGGAACGCUUGGAUCCGCUACAUGAUGAAAGCGAUGGAGUGCGAAGAAUGCCUGUAGGUAUAGAACGAGAGGUGGCAAUUAUGAAGCUUAUUCAACACCCAAAUAUCAUGAAGAUUUACGACAUUUGGGAAAACCGCACUGAAAUUUAUUUGGUUCUUGAAUAUGUUGACAAUGGCGAGCUUUUUGCUCAAAUCGCAAACAACGGGAGGCUGGACGAAGAGACUGCAAUGAAGUAUUUUCGACAACUUUUGAGUGCUCUAGGGUACUGCCACUCAUACAACAUUUGUCAUCGAGAUUUGAAACCGGAAAACAUUCUAAUUACAAGCACUGGGGACAUCAAAGUUGCAGAUUUUGGAAUGGCUGCGCUGCAUCAAGGUGCAGAUCACAAAUUAAGAACUUCUUGUGGAAGCCCACAUUAUGCUGCACCAGAACUGAUUGGUGGAUUCAAAUACCGGGGAGACAAGGUCGAUAUAUGGAGUAUGGGCGUGAUUCUCUAUGCCAGCUUGUGUGGACGACUGCCAUUUGAUGUUGAGGGAGUCGGCAAUGAUAGGGCACGUCUCAAUCCACUACUCAGCAAAAUCCAAAAAGGGGAGUAUGAAGUGGCUCCAGAAUUCACUAAAGAAGCAGCAAAUUUGAUUUCCAGAAUAUUGCAAGUGAAUCCAAAAGAAAGGAUUACACUUAAUCAAAUCUGGAAGCACCCCGUGGUGAGAAAGUACGACUAUUUAGACAAUUUCAGUAGCGGCCAAAGCAUCCCGUCCCUUAGUCUGAAUGACUGUGCUCGGCCAGUGUCACGCCGAAGUGAUAUUGACAAGGAUUUAUUAAGGCAACUGUGGUCUAUGUGGCAUGCAUACUCCGAAGAACAACUCAUCGAGACACUGUUGAGCGAAAAACCCAACGAACAGAAGCGCUUCUAUACUUUGCUACUGAGAUAUAGAGAUUCUCAACUUGAAGACUACGAACCGGACCUAAAUUACUCCAAUAGUGACUACCAUCACAUCAGACCUUCGACACUGACAAAAACAUAUUCAACCUGUCACUUCCCACCACAGACAGGAAGCAGUCAUCGCCAACAAGCUUCCAGGUUCACUGUGGUCAGUAACAGGUCCGAACACACUUACGAUCCUUUCAAUGCUUCAAGGCCACAGCAUCUUGAUUCACUCAGGUCAGACGAUCAGAUCAAAGUCACUGUUCAUGCUCCUCAGAAUGAAGAACAUGGCCGGUACCGUCAGCCAUCUCGAAUGUCAACAUCAAGGUCUACCAGCGAUCGAGGUAGAUUACAGAAGCCAGUAUCUCGAGCAUAUGACUCUCGCAGUUCACUUGCAAGCUCUACUCGAAGUCGAGGAAGUGCCCCUUUCCGUGCUACUGUCGGUCACAAACGUGGUGUAGAUUUCUCACAUACUAGGAGACGAUCAUUGAGCAGUCAGAAGAUUAUGUCUACAAAUGGCCUAUUAACUUCUGUGGGAGAGCAAUCAGCAGGAGCUGAUGAGAGAACCUCUCUACGACCUGACAUUGAACACUCUAACUCAACACGUUACAUCAGAUCGAAAAAGCCACAAGCAGGAAGCACAAAGGUUACUACUACUAUCAUACAAAAAUCCGGACGGGGCAGUUUAAUAUGGAAAGAUGAUGUCCGUCAAUUGAGCAGCAGCUUGGCCAAAGACUGCGAUGAAGCGUUCAACAGAACAUCUGUCGUUUCUUCAACUACUUCCCAGAACAAAUCGCGAUUUUCAGGAAGCUCAAGCGUAGCUUCUCGCGGUCCUUCGCCUAUGUUUAAUGUGUCGGCGAAGAGUCAAACGCUCAGACACGGAUCUUUCGACUCACGGCCAUUACCUCCGCCGCCUGCUAGAUCGGACUCUGUCAAAAGAGAAUUGUUAGAAGCACGCAAGCAGGCUACACUACGCAUGGCUUCCGGAGAAGAUUCCCCUGGAUACAUUGAUCGUAUGGUAUCACACAUUGAUCGCCUUAUACUACCUCCAUCUACAUCCCCGUUGCUUCCACGUCAAGAUCGCCGCGCAGUUUCUGCACCUGAGGAAACGAAACAGAAGAGACAUACCCGGCCAUUGCCUGCGAUUAAUGAGGCAUAUGGAGAUGAACCAUCCCCUCGAAAAGUCGAAUCUGACCGCAUCGCAUCGGCUCCUGAAGCUCGUACAUUGAAAAAGAACUCCAAGUUUUUCAAUGAAAGAGAAACUAUCCGGGUAGUCAAUGCUUCCGCAGCAUCUUUUAGCCCUGUUAAAGCUCCAGCGCCCCUUACCAUUAGGAAGAAAAGCUCACAAGGCGGUCAAAAACAGGUGCAAUCCGCGCCAGAAUCUUUUGACAACUCCCUCAAGAACCAACCUUCUGGUCAGGGACUACGUCACCAAUAUUAUGCCAGCUCUAAGGCGGAUGUCGGACCAGAAUUAUCUCGUAUUGAUGAAGAUUCCAACCUAGAUGACCCAUAUGCCCAGGAUAGUAAUGCGGGAACCAUAGUGAAGAAGCGAUCAGGUUGGUUUAGACGCAAUUCCAAGGCCAGUGAUGAAGGGGAAUCUAGAAGUUCAUCAAUUUUAGGAAAUGAAACUUUAUUGUCGCAGUCAUCAGGCAAGAGUGGUGGUCGAAAGUCUGAACCAGAAGAUUUUCCACCGAUCCCACCGACAAAGAAGAAGGGGUCCAUUCUUGGUAGGCUGUUCAAGAAAAAGCUACCAAAAACCGGCAUGACUGUUGCUACACAUGAUAUGUUUGACGAGGACAUGAGUAUUCAAGAUUCUAUUGCAGAUUCCCGACAACAGAGUCGUCAAAACCGUAUACAUCAGGCCACGCGAGCACGUCAAAUCGAGCCUCAACGAAACUGGCUAGCCAAGUUGUUCCAUGUAAAGCCCGUUUCAAAAUUUAUCUGCUUCUCCGUUCCGAGACGUACAGCAAGAUUGGAGAUUGCCAAGGUGCUCAAAGACUGGAAACGAUAUGGCAUUAAAGAUGUUCAGGUUGAUAAACAGAGGAACAUAGUCUUUGGCAAAGUCGGCUCAGAAAAUUUUCUGAACUUGAAAGAAGUCUCAUUCGCCGCUGAGAUAUUAACUGUUUUCGAACAUCUUGACCGUGGCAGAAAGGUAAAUCUCGCUGUAGCACGAAUUACACAGGAAAGAGGUGCGGCAAGCAGCUUUCAUAAAGUUGUAGAGACCUUAGAUUCCGUCCUACAAGUUCGUGGAGUUCUCGUCAUGGAUGAAGAAAAGAAGAGAAUGAUGGUGAGAACAGUAAACUCGAUGAUAACCGACACCAUUACUUCUUGA